CAGGUAGUCAAGCCAUUGUGCGAGCUGCUUCAUCCUGACAUUGAAGGCAAGCCAAAUUACGAUGCGCUGCUCACUCUUACUAACCUUGCGAGCAUGAGUGAUUCUGUCCGGCGGCGUAUCUUGAAAGAGAGGGCGAUACCCAAGAUAGAAGAGUACUGGUUUAUGACUGAACAUGAGCACUUGCGCGCAGCUGCGGCUGAAUUGCUCCUCAACAUGCUCUUCUUGGAUGAAUUCUUCAAGGAUACAGUCAGGAAAGGCACGGAUAGGCUAAAGCUCUGGGUACUUUAUGCCGCUGAAGAAAGCGAACGCCUCUCUCGAUGUGCUACUGCUGCUUUUGCCAUCUUGACAGAAGACGUGGAUGCGAAUCGGCGGAUAUUAGAUGAGAUCAAAUCUUGGCCCGAGGUGUUCCAGGAAAUAGCUAUGCAUGAGGAUGUUGAGUCUCAAAGGCGAGGCCUUAUUGGCAUUGCAAAUAUCAUGGAAAGUGAUGAGAAGCUGUGCGCAGAGAUUGUAGCGGCAAAAAGAGCUUUGGCUGCAGCUGAGAAAUUUGGCAUAAUCAAGCCAACAGACCGAGAGAUCUAUGAACGAACAAAGCAUGUGUCAACAAUUCCAGAGGAGUGA